AUGGGCCCCCUAACCCACCCACCGGCGGCCGCCGCCGCCCCCCACCCCCGCCUCCUUGCCGAGAAAGCCCUUGCGCUCCUCAGGCACCGCCGUCGCCUCGAUUCCCUGGCUGCCUCGUUCACACCAGAGGCCGCUGCGGAGGCCCUCCUCCUUGCCCAGCCCCACCGCUCCCUCACCCUUGCGUUCCUGCGCUGGGCCUCCCCGCUCCCCUUCUUCUCCGCUUCCCUACGUUCCCAAUCACUCGCCCUCCUCCUCCUCUCCCGCUUCCGCCUCUUCCCCUCCGCCCUUUCCCUCGCCCGCAGCCUUGCUUCCCACUCCCCCCCGCCCCCCGUCAUCCACUCCGUCGCCGCCGCCCUACCCUUCCUCCCCCCUUCCCCCUCCCCUUCCGCCGCCUUCGACCUCCUCAUCAAGUCUUACGCCUCUCUGGGACGCGUUCCCGAUGCUCUGUCCGCCCUUUCCCUCACCAAAGGCGCGGGCUUUGCCCCCGCCACCCUCUCCUACAACUCCAUCCUUGACGCCAUGUUCCGCUCCAGCCGGACCCCCCGCAACACCAUCGAAGAAUUCCUCGCCGACAUCUCCCGGUCUGGGGUAUCCUUGAACGUCUACUCCUACAACAUCUUGAUCCGUGGGUUUUGCUCUUGGGGCGUACUGGAUCGGGGGCUAGUUCUGCUGACCGAGAUGGAGCACGCCGGGUGUUCGCCAAAUGUCGUCACGUACAACACUCUCAUUGAUGGGCACUGCAAGUCGGGGAAGGUCGACAGUGCGUUUGGGCUGCUGAAAACAAUGCACGAAAAGGGAGUGCAGCCAAAUGUGGUUACUUAUAACGCGAUUAUUAAUGGGUUGUGCCGGGAGGGCCGGGUGAAGGAGACGGGCAAACUGGUCGACGAAAUGGCGAGAGAGGGAUUUGCUCCUGAUGCUAUUACUUAUAACACAUUGGUGAAUGGGUAUUGCCGGGAAGGGGAUGUUCAUAAAGCUCUCGUCUUGCACGCCGAGAUGGCUCAGAAAGGGGUGGCACCUAAUGUUGUGACAUAUACUUCUCUAAUUAGUGCAAUGUGUAAGGCAGGCAACUUGGCAAGAGCAAUGGAGUUUGCCAAACAGAUGAGGGAGAGAGGGCUUCAGCUUAAUGAGAUUACUUUCACAACUUUGAUUGAUGGUUUUGCUAAAAAGGGGUUCUUGGAUGAUGCUCUCUUGCUCAUGAAGGAGAUGAAAGAAAGUGGGAUUUUGCCAUCUGUCGUGAGUUAUAAUGCUCUUAUUAAUGGAUAUUGUACUUUGGGAAGAAUGGAUGAAGCCUUGGAGAUCAUUCGAGAAAUGGAGGGAGAUGGGUUGGUGCCUGAUGUAGUCACUUAUAGUACGUUACUAAGUGGAUACUGCAAGAAUGGGGAGUUGGAGAUGGCAUUUCAGUGGAAUCAAGAGAUGGUUGCAAAGGGUGUGCUGCCUGAUGCCAUUACGUAUUCUUCGCUUAUUAGGGGUCUCUGUGAGGUGAGGAGACUGGACAAUGCUCAUGAGCUUUUUGAGAAGAUGUUGAAUUUGGGUUUACAUCCUGAUGAGUUCACCUACACAACACUGAUUGAUGGCCAUUGCAAAGAAGGGGAUAUAAAGAAAGCUCUUCUUCUUCAUGAUGAGAUGAUAAAGAAAGGGAUCCUUCCUGAUGUCGUGACCUAUAAUGUGCUCAUAAAUGGCUUUAGAAAAGUGGCUCGUACAAAGGAAGCAAAAAGGCUGCUUUUUAGGCUAUAUUAUGAGGAGUCUAUUCCAGAUAAUAUUGCAUAUGAUGUGCUGAUGGAUUGUUGCGACAAGGGAGAAUUCAAGAGUGUGGUGUCCCUUUUAAAGGGUUUUUGUAUGAAAGGAUUGAUGAAUGAAGCCGAUAAGGUAUUUGAAUCAAUACUAGAGAGGAAGUGGAAGCCUAAUGAGGUUGUUUAUAGUGUCUUGAUUCAUGGACACUGUAGAGGUGGAAACGUGCAGAAGGCACUUGACUUGUACAAGGAAAUGAUACUGGCUGGUUUUGUUCCUAAUGCAAUAAGCACUAUUUCACUAAUUAAAGGUCUUUCUGAUGAGGGGAUGGAUGAGGAGAUGAAUCAUGUUAUUCAGACACUAUUGGCAGGUUGUAUGCUUACAGAUGCUGAAACUUCAAAGGUACUUGUUGAAGUUAAUCACAGGGAUGGCAAUAUGGAGGCUGUGUUUAAUGCCCUGACUGAGAUGGCCAAGGAUGGACUCCUGCCAAAUGGUGGGUGAAAGGAUGAACUUGGUCCAUAUGAUGGCUAGAAUUAGAUCUUAUGGAGAAUCAUAUGGCACCAUCAUCUGUAAUUUGCUGUUUGAACAUGAGUCUUUCAGAAUUCAUAAUUGAAGGCAGCUGGCGCAUUCUUGGGCAAUGAUUAAAGCCAGUCUUGUUCCUCAUCCAAUGCUGCCAAAACUCAGGCUAUGUUCUUCUCUGUCCUCCCUGUUCUUCAUGGACAUGGAACUCAAAGUGCUGAAAUGCAAGCAUGUGACCUGUGCCCAGAUUGUGAGGAGGACCGCAACCAGGUUAUGGCCGGUUGCAAUUUUGGCAGGCAACGUUGGGAAGGUUUGAAAACUUAUUCGGCCUGGAGUCUUUUGCCUCCUUUACCUAUGCUAAUUAACUUUCUAUCUCAGCCCCAAGGAGAGAGAGGGAUGAAGUCUCUGAUUGCGUGCUGGCCGGUUCACCUGGAAAUCGAGGAAUGAGAGACUGUUUCAAAGGAAGGUCUCCUCCCCUGGUGAUGUAGUAAGAUGAUCUCUGUACAUUGCUCCUUGAACACGCAAUCAAGACACUGAAGUAACUGUGGCACCGGAUGCCUCUUUAAUUUGGAUGGUAUUAAUAUUGCUUGGUUGUCCCCUCCCCUUGGUACGUUCAAGGUUAACUUUGAUGGAUCUGUAGCCAGCGCUUAUUACCAGAGAUUAUUUGGGCUGUGCACUCUACAGUGUCAGCAAGAGAAUCCCCUUGUACAGUCUCAUUUGCUGAAUUGGCGACUGCAUGGGAGGGCCUGUGUAUGGGAAUAUUUAAAUUUAGAGGUACUCAAGUUUGGUUGGAAGGUGAUUUAAUGUUAAAGGUGGAUUUAGUUACCGUGAUAUAAUGGAUUAAGGGUUUAAAUGUUAGUGGGCCUCGGUUUAAUCUUCUCUUAAGAGAUUUUUCUGGAUGAAGGAAGCACUAUGAGCUUUCAAGGCUACUCAUAUUGACUGGGAAGGUAACCCGGUAGCUGAUUAGCUGGCCUCGGCACCUCAGCUUGCUGAUGUAACUUGGGAAAAGUUUAUUUUGGCCCAACUGUUGAGAGCUGAUGCUUAUGGAUUCUCUUAAUGACCAGACUUAAUUCCAGAUCCGAUUUGAAAGAGAUUGAAGGAAAAAAUUCAAUGCUAGUGAUGAUGAAGAGGAAGGAGACGGUGGAAGGUAGCAGAGUGAGGAGGAGAUGGACAUCUGCAAAGGCUUGAAAAGGCCGUGAUCGGCGAUAAUGAUGUGAACCAGUGCGUGUAUACAGUGUACAUCAGGACGGGUUCCAUCUGGAAGGGGGGCACGGGCUCGGUGAUCAGCCUCGCCCUCGCCGGAACCAACAGCUCGGGCUUCGCGAUCACGGACAUCAAGUCCUGGGGUGGCAUCAUGGAGGUCGGCCACCACUACUUCG